CUCGAAUGCUGCACCGACGACCUCAAGUUUCGUUCCUUUUUCUCGAGUUCCAACCUCUCCAGGGCUGAAAUCCCCUGUCCACAGUGCAAUCAGGCGAUCGUUGAACCUCAAUUGAUCGCUCCCUCUCAGCAUUUUUGCUACCCACGAACUUCCCCACCAGACAACCGCCGCAAACCGAGAAAGCUUAAUAUGUCGACGAAACGGAAAGCCGCGGCCACACUCGCCAAGCCAGUGGUGAGGCAAAGCGCGAAGACGCCGGUGAGGACCAAGAUUGACGAGACAAGAACCGCAGUCUCUACCGGCCUAUCCUCAAAAUCGGCCCCAAAAGCGGCUGGAGAUGCCGAGGUUGAGACGCCUUGGAGUUCCGACGACGACCAGGAGGGGCUCAGCGAGGACGAGGCCAACGAACAACCCAAUUCCACCGAGAUUGCAAAGACGAGGCGGACCCAGAAUGAGGCGGAUACCGACGCAGUGAUGCAAGAUGGGGCGGACAAUUCAGACGGCGAGCCGACGUCGCCGACCUUUGGCGACCUCGUUCGCGGCAACUCGACUAUCGACGUGCCAGCUUCUCUUGCCGCCCAAGCAGCCGCCACUCAGACGUCUCGUCAGGCGGUUCAACAACGGCCCACAGCCCCGCUCAACGCGACCUCUCUCGGCACAGUCCUGACACAAGCGCUCCGGACGGACGACGCCGACCUGCUCGAGUCCUGCCUCCAGACGACCGACGUCAAGAUAAUAGAAAACACCAUCAACCGCCUAGACUCGUCCCUCGCUAAUACCCUCCUUUCCAAGCUCUCGGCCCGCAUGCACCGCCGGCCGGGUCGCGCUUUUGGGCUUAUGAGGUGGAUGCAAUGGACGCUAGUGGCGCAUGGCGGUGCGCUCGUCACACAGCCGGACCUUGUUGCCCGGUUAGGGGAGCUUAGCCGGGUCUUGGAAGAGCGGUCCCGGGGUUUGUCGAGCCUGCUUGCGCUCAAGGGGAAGCUGGACAUGCUGGACUCGCAGAUGAAAUUCCGGAAGUCAAUCAAGGCUAAUGGUGCCGCCCGGAUUCGUGGCGGAAACGAGGAGGAGUUCAGCGAGGAAGAGGAGGAAGACGUGGACGAGCCCGGUGUCGUGUAUGUGGAGGGCCAGGAGACCCUCGGCAAGCCGCUCACCAAUGGUGUUGGGCGGGCUGUUGCGGACGAGGACGACGACUUUCCAGCUGGAGCGACCGUCAUCUCAGAUUCCGAGGAGGAGGAUGACGAAGAGUUUGAUGACGGGAUGGACGAGGAGCUAGCGGACGCAGAGUCCCUCGACGAGGACGAGGUUGACCAUGACGAUGUUGAGGAGGACGAGGAGGAGGAAGAGAGCGAUCACGAAUCGUCAAGGCCGCCCUCAAAAGUGCGACGAGUGUCCGAAAGGAUCUCGAAAAGGAAGUGAUAGACUGGCUAAGAUGUGUGACACUGUAUAAACAAGAACAUGGAAGCAAGGCUUGUAGAUUUUGGGUUCCAGCCUGCAUCCUCUAAGCAAAUACUGAGCAUGUGGCAUGUG